AUGGCUGCAGAUCUAUCCUCGUUGUUGACCUCUUCCAAAAACUUGACUUCUCAUCUGUCAAGGCCUGAUUUGCCUUCGGUGAAUCUUUCUCUGGACCAAAUUGAGGCACUCUCUCGCCGCCUUGUGUCUCGACAACCAGGAACUUCAACGGAUGCCGACCGAGCAAAUUAUUUACUAGCUCAAGCACACGUCGAUGCAUCAGCUCUUUCAAGUUCUAUUGCUCAUCUCAAUACAUCAACCACAUUCUCUCCACUACAACCAUUACAAGACACCGAUGUUGCAGGCUACCUACGAAUCGCUCAUGAACAGAACUUGAUCUCUACCAUUGAGGAGGGUCGUAAGGAGACUCAAGAAGAAUUCUAUCGUGCCCUGGAGGACCGAAGCCAUCGUGAUUGGGAAGCCAAGAAGAAACGCGUCUUCGAGGAACUGGGCGACCGUGUUUCCAGCGCUGACCGUGGCGGCAUGUCAGACCUGCGUGCAAGUACUCUCGGAAAAAGUGUAUUGGGUGCUUCAACUACAACUCCCAGUUUGUCUCUGCAAAUGCAAAGCAAAAUGCUGGCCUAUGACCGUGUCAUUGCCGAUCUUAACGCAGCACGAUUACAAGGCACCUCCUACCCCGUUGUGCAUUCCCUCGUCGAGGCAUCUUUGGCUGUCGCUUCAGACCCUCGCUCGAUUCAAAUGACGCAAAAUUUCCACAUCCUCGCAAAAAUUACUGGCGAACCACCAGCACUACCACCCAUUGAGCACGCCGGCGCACAUAUCCUCAACGCGCCACUCUUCUCGCGCAAGUAUGCGCGAACAUAUCUUGGAGACCCAGAGAGUCGCGAGGCUAUCGCCUUGCGUCGACAGAUCGCUGCCGGCUCUCGGCAGGCUCUCGAAGAGCAGUACUGGGAUAUCUUGGAGAGGACGGUGCAGGCGCGUCCAACGGAGGCGAGGUUGGGUGGCGAUCCCAGCAUUGCGAAUCGUGUUCGCGCGUUCUUGUUGGUCAGAUAUUAUAGGAAUGGAGAGUGGGAAGACAGAAUCGAACUUGUUGCUGGUCAGCCUAUUUGGGCCAAACUGUUUUACUUGAUUCGAACAGGCCAUACCAACGAAGCUCUCGCCGAGGCAUUACAGUUCCAAAAUGCUAUUGAGAGUCGAGAGGCAAGCUUUGUGAACCACUUCCGCACAUGGAUCGAAUCCCCGGAAAGAAAACUACCUAAGGCACACCGAGAUCACUUGCAAUCGGUGUACAACGCACAUAUGCUGCACUCCAACACCGCGGACCCAUUCAAGCUUGCACUAUAUAAGCUAAUGGGCAAGCUCGAGCCAACAAGGAGGAGCGUGCCUCUGGUGACCACAACAACGGAGGACUGGCUCUGGUUCCAGCUGGCAAUGGUUGACGAAGAGGAAGAUGGUGGUUUGCGAGCUUUUGCCGAGGUUCUCCUCGGUUAUGGCGAACGCCACUUCGACGGUCCCCCGAACCAGCCAAACUCUCGAAAGGGUGUGUGGGCAGGUGUUCUGCUCAUGUGCGGUCAAUUCGAGCGCGCGGUUGCGGCGCUAUGGGAAUACCAGGAGACAGAAGUCGAAGCCGUACAUCUUGCAAUUGCGCUCGCCUACCAUGGCUUGUUGAGAGUCCCUUCACGAUCCGAGACAUCCGAUAUGACACCCCUUUCUUUAUCACCCACUGGUCCUCCCGCAUUGAGCCUGUCGACGCUAAUAUGGAGAUACGUUAGACAGUUUGUGAAGAUGGAUGCGAAAGAGGCGCUGCAAUAUGUGUAUUGUAUCACCCUCAGCUCAGACCAAGGUGGCGGUGUUGGAAAAGAGCAGGUUGAGCUCUCAUGGGAGUUCGUGCGACGGAUCAUUGUUUUGGCCAAUAGUGGUCCUGCUUGGGAAGAGCUCGUCGGGGGUGUCAGACCGGAAGGAGGCAGAUAUGGUGGCGCAAUUGAACACAGCGCCAAGCUCCUUGAACUCUCAGAAACGCAAAGCUACAAUAAUGAGAUCCUCCUUCGCGCUGCACGCGAUUCAGCGGACAAUGACCGCGUUACCGAGGCGAUCAAGCUGUACAACCUCGCCGGAGACUACGCGACCGUCGUCGAGUGUCUUGCGCAUGCUCUUGGAAAUACCCUCUCUCAACCGAGCAUCGAUGAGCGGGGUAAGGCGCUGGAGAGGACGGCCGCGGAGAUCUUGAGGCACUACGAGCGUGCAAAUCGCGCGGCGGGCAGGGAGCGCGAGGCCGUUGUGAGGUUACUAAGAAUUAGGGAGGCGACGGAGGCAAAGAACAAGGGAAGACCUGAAGUGGGACUUGACAUUAUGGAGUCGACGGAUCUCAUUCCUUUGACUGGGGAUAUUGCGAAAAUUACGCGCCGGGCAGAAGAGUUCAGCCACCUCCACGAGGCGUUGCAGAAAAACCUGCAGAUAUAUCUCAAGCUUACUAUGGACUGCCUCUCAGGCGUGCAUCAGCGCGUCAAGAGCUCGAUGGCCGCCGAUGCGACGAAGCAGAUUACUUUAGCCAAUAUCAGGAAAAAGUCGCGUUCACUGAUGGUGUUCGCUGGUAUAUUGAAAUAUCGGAUGUCACCGGACGUGUAUUCGUAUUUGGCCAGAAUCGAUGUGGAAAUCGCGCUCUAG